UUCUUUUAUCUCACCUCUCAACACCAUAAUCUGAGACCUGCAUCUAUGGGUUCCAAGAAUUGGCGAAUCGGAUCAAGAAUUGCCUGAUUCAGAUUGGAAUCAAUGGUUACUAAUCCCUAUUUCUGAUGAGUCGAUACAGCCGAUUCAACACCAGAAUCGUUAGAAUAUUCCUCGGAUAUGCUGAUUUUUUAUGACUUUUCACCCGAUUCAAGCUGAGUGGAAUCAGAAUCGGCAAGUUUUAAAAUCCUGCCUGCGUCUUUCUUGCUCCAAAAUAAGCCCCAAAUGGCAUUGGCUCACCCCAUUUCUCUCCCAAAACACAAACCCACUCUCCUGUACUCCAACUUCCUUCCUCGCCUACCUUCUACUCUCAAACCCUUCAACAACAACCACAGAAACCAGAGCCCUAACCCCAACACCACCUUCUCCAUCGCCAUCUCCUGCUCAUCACCCAACACCAAAAUCGUCCGAAGCCGAUCACUGGACAGAAACGUAGUGAAGCAGAACAAGAUCCGUUUCGUCCAGAAACUCAAAACCCUACUUCUCUCCAAACCCAAAAACUACCUGCGUCUAAAAAUCCUCUCCAGAUGCCGCUCUUACCUCUCCCUCCCAAAGCCUCGCUCUCUCCUCUCCAUGAUUUAUCGCUAUCCUUCCAUCUUCCAACUCUUCUCCAUCCCCACCCCACCUUCUCAUCCUUCACCCACCUGUACCCAGCUCUGCGUCCGUCUCACCCCGGCCGCCGCUGCAGUCGCCGCCGAGGAAUCCGCUCUCAAAUCCACAAUUGCCACCAAACUCGCUGCCAAGCUUCAGAAACUGCUCAUGCUCGCGACCCACCAUCGCCUUCUCUUAUCUAAGCUCGUACACAUCGCCCCUGACCUGGGUCUCCCGCCAAACUUCCGUUCUCGUCUCUGCAACGAUUACCCAGAUCGGUUUAAGACCGUGGACACCUCCUAUGGCCGAGCCCUCGAGCUUGUCUCUUGGGACCCUGAACUUGCUGUCCCGAUUCCACCUGGUGAAACUCGGCCGGCUGGAUUGAUUGUCGACAGGCCAUUGAAAUUCAAGCACUUGAGACUCCGAAAGGGGCUAAAUUUAAAGCGUCGUCAUCGGGAGUUUCUGAUUAAAUUUCAGGAAUUGCCGGCAGUUUCGCCUUAUAGUACUCCAGCGAGGGAGUUUCUGCCGGAGUCGAUGGAGGCUGAGAAGAGGGCUUGUGCUGUGGUGAGGGAAGUGUUGGGUAUGUUGGUGGAGAAGAGGACUUUGGUUGAUCAUUUGACCCAUUUUAGAAAGGAUUUUGGGUUGUCUAAUAAGCUGAGGGGGAUGUUGGUGAGACAUCCUGAGUUGUUUUAUGUGAGUCUGAAGGGGCAGAGGGAUUCAGUGUUCUUGGUGGAAGGGUAUGACGACAAGGGUGGGUUGGUGGAGAAGGAUGAGCUUUUGGUUUGCAAGGAGAGGUUGAUGGAAUUGGCGAGGGAUGCAAAGAGGAUGAGGAGGGAGAGAAGAAAGGCUGCUCUUACUGUUAAUGAUGAUGAUGAUGAUGAUGAUGAGGAGGAGGAGGAGGAGAGAGAAGAAGAAGAAGAGGAGGAAGACGGUUUCGAGGACUUGUUUGAGGAAGCAUGGGAAGAUUAUGGUGUAGAAGAAGAUGAUGCUGAGAGGGGUGAGCUGUGGGGGGCUGUGAAGGAUGGGGAGUUUUGGACUGUUGAGGCCGCUUCUUCUUCUGUGGUUAAUGGUGUAAUUGGAGGAGAAUCUUUGGAGCAUUGGUGAAGAAGUUUUUGGUUAUUUUGGAUUGAUAAUUGGUAUUAUUAUAGAGAGAGAAGGACAGGAAAAAUGGGAAAGAAGAGGUGGCAGAGCUUUUGUAUGUCUAGUAGUGUAACAUCUUACUAAUAGCUUUAAUUCUAACUAAUACAAACACAUUUUUCA